AGGAGGGAGGGAUGGAGAUUAAAUGAAACAGUUUUUGCAACCACAUGUUGCUGAGCUUGAUUGAACUGCUGUUGCUGCAGCUCCUGCCUACCUUUCCUUGGCAUUGUACGUCCAACUAACACUGUAGCCACUGCAUCUGUAGUUUCUGCCACCUGUGGCAGCGCUCCUAUUCUCUCUACGCCACAGAGAGAGAGAGAGAGAACAAAAAAGGGGAGCUGAUAGAGGUCGGGGAGGAGGAGGAUAUCUUUCAUGAUAAGUGGACUUCUGACAGAGAGAGAUCCCCACUGCAUACCCAGUUGAACCAAAUGAAAGAAUCCUAAAAGCAGCACCAUGCCAGGACUCAUUAACAAGGAGAACCGGACUGCUCUGCCCCUUAGUGUCUCUGACAUCACUUCCUGUGUCAGGGGUUAUACUCUGGCCAUGACAGCCUCUAUGACCUAUGAAAAUAUUGAGGACCAUGCAAUUGAGGGGAUCUUCAUUUAUCCACUGGAGGAAAAUACUAUUGUUGUGGGGUUUGAGUCUAUGAUAUCCAGUCAGAUUAUAACACUUCAAAUCAAAGACAAGGCAAAACUUGACGACUGUUAUCAGGAUUGCUGCAGCACAUCCAACGGAGCCCUUCAGAGUGGCAGCGGACACAUAUUGAUUGAUGAGGAUUUGGAGAGGACAGUGUUAGUGGUUAACCUGGGGCUCAUCCCUCCUAUGGAGACGGUCCAUAUUCUGGUCAGUACCUCCGCUGAGCUCUCCACCUUGCCCAACGGCGGCAUCAGGGUCUCGUCCCCACCGGUGUGCACUCCUCGGGUACAGAGGACCAUCAACGAGGAGCAGGGACUAUCCCCAAACUUCUCCAGAACGCGGGACAGGCAUAGUUGUGCCUCAAGUCCGCACGAUCAAACUCCCAACUCCCCCCAGCUGUGGUUGUCUUCACUGCUGGAGGAAGAGACCAUCAACUCCAUGGACUACGAGUUUAACUUCCAGCUGGAGAUACGGGCUCCCUAUCUCCUCGCAGGUGUAGAGAGCCCGUCUCACGCUAUCCGAGCCGAUGCAGACCCUCUGGCUCGCUCUGCCACAAGCGUCGUCAUCACCCUGGCUGACAAGUACACGUAUGACUGUCCUGUCCAAAUCCUCAUCUACCCCAGCGAGCCUCAUCUGCCACAUGUGCUGAUUGAGAACGGAGACAUGACGCAGGACGAGUAUGAUGAGUAUCUUCACGGCCGCAGCGAUUUCAUCAAGGCCACCAAGAAGGACUCCAGCAACGAGAGAAAAGUAGAUGUCAUUCACAGGCGACUCCACAAGGACAUCCUCCACAACCCCGUGGUCAUGUUGAACUUCUGCCCGGACCUCAAGUCCAUCAGCGCCGACCUGAGGAAGGUUCACGGCGAGUUCAUCUUCAUGAUCGACCGCAGUGGCAGCAUGAGCGGUGUCAACAUCAACCGUGUGAAGGAUGCCAUGGUGGUGAUUCUCAAGAGCCUCGUUCCAGGCUGCCUUUUUAACAUCAUCAGCUUUGGCUCCACAUUCAAAUCCCUCUUCCCAACCAGCCAGAAGUACGAGGAGGAAGCACUAGCCCUGGCCUGUGAGUAUGUUAGGAAGAUCAGAGCCGACAUGGGGGGGACCAACAUCCUAGCACCGCUCAAGUGGAUCCUGAGGCAGCCGAAGUUCACCGGACACCCCCGCCUGCUCUUCUUGCUCACUGACGGGGCCGUCAGCAACACAGGCAAAGUAAUCGAGCUGGUCCGCAGCCACGCACGUUACAUCAGAUGCUUUACGUUCGGCAUAGGACAGAGCGCUUGCAGGAGGCUGGUGCGGGGACUGGCGACCGUUUCCAAAGGAACGGCAGAGUUCCUGGUUGACGGAGAAAGGCUGCAGCCCAAGAUGAUAAAGUCCCUGAAGAAAACCAUGUCUCCGGUCCUCAGUGACAUUUCCAUCGAAUGGCUCUUUCCUGAGACCAAAGAAGUGCUGCUGUCCCCUGUGGGCAACACCUUCCUGUUUCCGGGGGACAAUCUGAUUGGCUACAGUGUGGUCUGCGACACCACCCGCUACCAUGCCAACCCCAAAUCUGACAAGAGGCGGCGAUACAGCAUGAUGCGCUCCAUUGAGUCAGCCAGCUCCGUGUUUUACCACUCUCAAGAGGAGGACCUGGUUAAGACGAGUAAUGACAGUCAGGGGUUCUACAGGGAAGCACCUCUGUAUGAUUCCUACCAGGACUCUAUGAAAGACAACCCUGCCACCACAGAGCAAGACACCAUGGGGUUUGAUAGCACGACGUCUCCAAGGAGGCGCGCAUACAGCACCAACCAGAUCUCUGACUACAACCCGGCAAAAAAGGUCUACACUCCAAGUGAUCCCAGCUCUGUGGUGACUAAGAAUCCACUGAGGAGAGCCAAAGUCCAGGAGCUGGUAGGCCAGAUGAGCCCUGAGCACGAGGCCCAGUGGAGGAGCGACUACCAGCCACAACUGGCAAGCCUGUGUGCCUCGUCUUCGAGAGGACGUCCUGCCAGCUGUCCCAGGUCCCUACCUCAGCAGGAGCCCCCCCUACAGCAAGAAGCCGACUCAGGGCUUCCUUUCCAUUCCCAGCCCCAGGACAACUCCACUGGGGAAGAUGGAUCCAGAUCGUCCACUGACAGCCCUUCUGUUGGCAGCGUCGGAGACACAGAUGGCUAUGGACAUCAGUUAUGUCAAGCAGAAACCCCUCAGGAGAGCCAGACUUCAGAUCUGGGUGCAGCCAGCCGGCUGAAAGGCGACUGCAAGGCCGUGGUGUCCGGACUGCUGGGCGGGAAACCGGCGAGGUGGGAGGUCGUCUUCGAUAUCGAGCCCUUCCUGAACGGCCGGGAGCGGGAGGAGAAGGUUCACGAGGAGCUGUGGAACGAGACCUUCCACCACAUGGCUGGACACUCCAUCAUAGGAGACUUUGAGCACAUGGCGGAUAAGGAGGGUGACAUUGAGCACGGCUCUGGCCGAAAGUACCAGGUCUACGCUAUUCACACCAGCAAGGCCUGCAACAUACUGAGCAAACACACAGCGCUGGUUCCCAUCGACCUGGACACUAAUGAGUAUUUGCAGACGUGCAUCGAAUACAUAAACAGCAGUGAAGGUCUGAAGAGGGGCUCCCAUUCCAGGUCUCGUUCAGGGAGCAGGAAGAGCCGAGGCUACUCCAUCGGACUGGGUCGCUCUCAGUCUGGAGGCGUGUCAGAGGAAGCUGAAGAUGUCCUGCUACCCAACAAUGGAGAGGAUGGUGUCUCUCCCUGCAGCACCCCCUCCUCCGCCGGCUGGGAGAGAUGUAGCUUCACAGAGGUCGCUCAAAGGAGUCCAUCUGUGACCUCCGACCAAUCCCAGAAAUCGGUGGAGAGCCUUUUUUCUGCCAGGUUGGCCCUCAGCAGGACUCGUCUCCUGACCCGGGCUGCUAAAGGAUUCAUGUGUCGAUCUCACAGCAAGUCCGGGGAUUCAAUUGGAGAGAGUGACAACGAGAACAAAGACUACAUUCCUCUGGUGUUGUUGCAGUUGGCUAGUGGUGCAUUUCCCCUGGACACAGCUCUGUGUGAUGUCAUUAGCGUGCCCAUGGACAAGCUCAAGUGGACGUCCCCUUUCAGCAGCCACCGCAGCAACCUGUCUCACACCAGCAGCCGCCGUGCUGAGACUGCCGAUGACGGACACAAAUCCCUGGGUGAACCAGAACCAUAUCAGCACGCCGUAGGCAUCAACAGCCCUUUUCAUAUGGCCAGGAGUUCCUGGACGGAUGCAAGGCCUUCCUCAUUAGGCAGUCCUUCCACCGGUGCUGAGCCCCCGCUCUCCCAACUCUCCCAGGUGGACGGUGGACGGGGCUCAGGGUCAGGCGGUUUAGACACAUCAUCGCCCAGCGGUGUGCUAAAGAGGAUGCUGGAUCCAGAGAGCAUGGUGUGGGCCACAGCGGUGGCUCUUGCCUGGCUGGAGCACAGCUCCGCCAGUCAUUUCAUAGAGUGGGAACUGGUAGCCGCCAAAGCCAGCAUGUGGUUGAGUGCGCAGGAAAUCCCAGAAGGCCGAGACUUAGCCUCCAUCAAGUCGGCUGCCAACCAGCUCUUCAUCAUCAUCAGACACUGGGAUGAGAACCUGCAACUGAACAUGCUCUGUUACAACCCUAACAGUGUCUGAGGCCUGCUGAUCCAAGGCUGAAAAUACAGACCACUGAAAGUACUCUAUUCCAUAUGAUACUAUGCUACCCGGAGCUGUACUAUUCUAUGUUAAGCAGUUCGUCCUCUGAAGUCUACAAUGUGUAUUUUCUUCUGUUUGUGUGCUGUUCCUCCAAACAUGUCACAGGUGCAAGCUAUUACCUAUAUACUGGAGCUGGAUCCGUGAUCCGUGGGAUCUAGACACAGAUUUGAGUUUCAUGGCCAUGAACGUCAAUGUUAAAUUAAUAGCAUGCUAGGCCACUGACCAUCAACAUCUGAGAAAUGCACUUAUUGUCAUCAUAUUGAUGUUAUGGGGAGAAUGCUGCAAAACAAUUGUAAGAAAAAACAAUUCCACAGAUUGACACACUUGUUUUACAUCUUUACAGCAUUUUCUGUAUUGAUUUUAUUGUUGA